ACAAAGCGACCUUCCCUCGCGGCGCCCGUGCUCAAAGUGUAUUGAAUUGUCGAAAGGAAAUGGCACCGUCACCUACGAAACGGAAGGAGGAGGAAAAAACCAAAGACAGAGGCAAAGACAAGACCACCACAAAGGAAGGAGACAAAGAGAGGGGUCGGGACAAAGUUAAGAAACGUCGCAGUGCGUCCACUGGCAGCAGCAGCAGCAGGUCAAGAUCCAGCUCUACGUCCAGCAGCAGCUCUGGUUCCAGCUCCGGUUCCUCAAGUGGCUCCAGCUCAUCUGGCUCCAGCCGAUCUGGUUCUUCGAGCUCUCGAUCUUCCUCCUCUUCCAGUUCCUCGGGCUCUCCCAGCCCCAGCCGCAGACGCCAUGACAACCGCCGCCGCUCCCGCUCUGCCUCCAAAACACAGAAGAGGGGCGACGACAAGGAUCGCAGGAAAAGAAGUCCAAGCCCCAAACCAACUAAGGUUCACUUAGGGCGACUGACCAAGAACGUUACCAAGGAGCACAUCCAAGAGAUCUUCUCCACAUAUGGUAAAAUCAAAAUGGUUGACCUUCCGAUGGAUAGACUCCACCCACAUUUGCCAAGGGGCUACGCUUAUGUAGAGUUUGAGACCCCUGAAGAGGCCCAGAAGGCUCUUAAACACAUGGACGGAGGCCAGAUUGAUGGUCAAGAAAUCACUGCCGCUGCUGUGCUGACUCAGCGAAUCCGUCCACCGCCUCGCCGCCCUUCUCCACCUCGCAGGAUGCCCCCACCACCACCCAUGUGGCGUCGCAGCCCACCGCGCAUGAGAAGGAGGUCCCGCUCCCCGAGGAGGCGCUCCCCGGCACGCCGCCGCUCUCGCUCCAGAUCUCCCGGCCGCAGGCGUCACCGCUCUCGCUCCAGCUCCAACUCCUCCCGAUAAGUGUGCCUGCCAAAUCCUGACGCGCGGUGCCCUCUCAACUUCACCUUUACCUCUUGCUUUCCCAAACGUCAUCUGUAUCGUAGCGAACAAAACAUCUGUCUUAUCUGUAGGAAGCGAGCAUGUUUUUUUAUUUACGUGCAGAUGUUAUACUUGUUUUAAUUUCUGGUGCUAAGUGGAUUCUAAAUGGUUUACUUAGUAUUGAUGUCGUGGCAGAGUUUGGACUCCAUCGGAAUCCACAAAGGUUUUGUUUACUUUUGCAAAAUUUUGAAUUUUUAGAUGUUUUGAAAAAUAAAAUGCUGAAAUCAGGAUCAUAAAAACUCUCUGUUGUUCUUUUUUUUUU